AUGAGGCCGCCAGUCAGUCCAUCCAUGCGGAAGACACAGCCCAACAUUGGUCUUGGCAAGUCGGCCAGUGAGCCCUCUUUGACACGCAGCCUCUCCAGGACGCUGCCUGCAACCGUGAAAGGCUCGUUCCUUCCUCGCCAGAUGGGCCACCCUACAAUUGCUGCCCGUCGAAACCUCGCCCAGCAGAGGAAGGCGCUGAUAAAGGAAACGCGUGACCUGGAAGACUACAGCUUCUGGGGCGCACAGGGCAUUCCUGGUUUCUCGGCACACUUGAAAGCACGCUUUGGCUCCGUCUUGGCUGGCUGGCGCUUGCUCGAUUCCGCGAAGAAAGGUCGGAUGUCCUUCCAUCCGUUUGCUUCUGUGGCCACAGACUGCGGCUUUUAUCAAAGGCUAUGGACAGAGCUUGAUCCCACUGGCAAGGGCUUCGUCACUUUAGCAGUCUGGCAUAUGGUGAGCUCCUUCAAGAUCGAGCUCAUGCAGAGGUACGGAGACAUGCUACUAGCCUGGCAGGACUGCAUCGACGUAAAUGGCGCAGGAAAGGUGUCCGAGAGGGAGAUCGCAGACAGCCUCCACGAGCUCGGUCUGGAAAUGGAUGCCAGACAGUUGCUCAAGAUGUUCAUAAGUAUGCCGGGGGCGACGCACAUCACCCUCAAGGACUUCGACCCGAGGGCUUAUGUUAGGUGGCAGACUUCAGAGCUUCCUGCUCUCUCCAAAGGACGCGCUUCGGAGUUCCACCCUAAGCCCUAA